UAUUUUUUUUUUCAAUCUAAAUUUGAAGUUUGAACAUUAUUUGAAAUUGUUUGUUGAUUUCUUUUAUUCAUUUCUGUUAUGAAAUAAUAACAAUAGAACUGAUGGUGAUUCGGGAGAAGUCGAAGAUUGUACUAAAAUCCGCAAUUGUUGAAUUGAGGUGCUUCGAUCUUCCUCUGGUUUCCCCGUCUACUGGGUCGCCGCUCACUUCGCUCCGCCUUGAACCAGAUCGUCCUUAUACGAUCGGGCGAACCCACCAGUCCUGUGACUUCCUGUUCGAUAACCGCUUUGUGAGUAAGCAACACUGUCAGAUUUUAUUUGAUGGGGUUGGCAGGAAAAUAUUGAUAAGUGAUGGGGCAAUUUUGUUGCGUGGCGUUAGUUCUGUUGUUGAUGAAUUUAGGAAAAGAAUAUGUGAAAAUGAAUUGGAAGAGAAAAAGGGAGAGGGUGUAGGGUGUUGUAGGUUUAGGGUUUCAUUGAAUGGGGUAUAUGUAAAUGGGGUUAGACUUAGGAAAGGUAUGGUUAAAGAAUUGUUGACUGGUGAUGAUGUUUCGCUUGUUUGUGGAAAUGAAAGUGUGUGUAAUUUUGAGGUUAGAGUUGGGUUUUUGAUUCAAGGGAUUGUUUUUGAGGAGGUGGUUUCUGGAGCAAAUGAGGUUGCAGGGGAGAUGCUGGAUGUACUUGGGAUGGUCAGUUCCCAAGGAACUGUGUCUAGUGGGAAAAGGAGCAAAAGGGUUUUUGCUAAUCCUGCUAAUGUUAUUACUUCGCAUUAUGGUUUUUCUAAAUUGAAGUGUGGUGAUGUUAUCAGGAGGGCAAAUUUCCUCUUAAGUUUGUGCAGGCACAUAUUGCAUAGUGAUGACCCCAUAUGUUGCAUUAGGCAAUGCAAUAUUUCAAAUGUUGGAAUGAAAGGCAUGCAUACUUAUAAUUCCAUCUUGCGAGGAUUGACAUUAAGUGGUAGGGUGGGAAUUCCAGUGUCCAAAGAAGAAGAGGUGACUAGUCUUUUUCCUGCCUAUAGGCAAGAAUCACAGUCGUGUCAUAAAAGGGGCCAGGCAGUACAUUCCACUCCAGUCACACUUAAACGUAGAAAAGUGGCAGCUUUGGAAGCGGAGAAUAAUUUACUUGAUGAUUCUGUUCCUAGCAAUCAUGCAGAUGAAAGGGGCAAUCAUGGAGUCAUUGGUGGGAAUGCUGUAGUCAGUGAUGAGCCUGGCAUGCCAUUGUUGAACUUUGUUGCUCAGAAAGAUGCUCUCGAUAUUGAUUCUGGGGGAAAGGGAAAUAUUUCAACUAAUUUUCAUUCACCACCAGGGAAGAAGUUUUACCUGAACCGCCUUGAAUUUAUGGACCAUGAUUCAUUUAGUUGCCAACACACUGUUUCCUUGCCAGAACUUCUUCAUCCUGUUCAAAGCAUUUCACAGAUAUUCAUUGCAACAUUUACAAGUGAUAUCUUAUGGUUUUUGUCAUGCUGUCAGAUUCCUUCCAAUCUACCUGUAACAGUUGCUUGUCAUAAUGCGGAGAGAUGUUGGAGCUCAAGCCCUGAAUCAAGAGCCUCCAUGCCUUUUCCAAACUUUCCUAACUUAGUUCUAGUGUUUCCUCCGUUUCCCGAGGCUAUUGCUUUUGGUAAUGAUCGUAAGAGACAAGGCAUUGCUUGCCAUCACCCAAAACUUCUUAUUUUGCAAAGAGAAGAUAGUAUUCGUGUUGUCAUUACUUCUGCUAACUUAGUACCUAAGCAGUGGGAUACUGUGACCAACACAGUAUGGUGGCAAGAUUUUCCUCGUAGAAAUGAGCCUGAUUAUUUGUCUCUUUUCCCACUUCCUGAUCAAGGAAUAAAUCACGAUUUAGGAUCUGAUUUUGCUGCUCAGCUAGCUGGCUUUGUUGCUUCUCUUAUUGUUGAUAUACCUAGUCAGGCCCACUGGAUUGUCGAGUUGACCAAAUAUGAUUUUAGUGGUGCAUUGGGACACCUAGUUGCGUCAGUACCUGGAAUUUAUUCAUUCAGAACUCCACAGUCCAUGCACUUUAUGCCUGCUAAACACUUUUGUCCAUUGUUAUAUUGUGAGAAGUUCCUUGGUCUGGUUGAAGCAUCUGUUGUAGGGUUAAGCCACCUUUUUCGCACUGCAGCAGACUCAAAUGGUGCACAGCUUAAGAAACUGGCUUCAUAUCUUGGGAAAUCUCAUGAAAAUGCAUAUGGAAUGUUGGAUAUCGUUCUGAGAAGAGCCUCUAACAUCCCUGCAGAUGAGAAUGCUGUCAGUGUUCUUGUUCCCAACCCUGAUGAGCUCUCUGGAGGAGUAGAUUGCAUUCAACUUGGUUUUCUGCCGAGAAAUGUUGCAAAAUGGGUUUCUCCAUUGUGGGAUAUCGGAUUAUUUGUGUUCCAUGGAUUUUUGUACUGUGAUGAGGCACUUGCUGCUGCUUUUGGAGGAAAUAACAUGAAAGUACAAUUGAUACUGCUAGUGUCACAGGGACCAUGCUUUUCAGAUAUAUCAAAGCUGAUACAACCUGAACUUUUUGUUGCAUUGUGCUCUCUCAUUGCUUCAGUUCAGAGGUGUGUAGGCCUCUGGCGGCUAGAAGAGGUUUUAGGUCGAUACAAGUGGCCUGAAUCACAAGAAUCUGAUUUUAUUUACGGUGCAUCCUCGAUUGGCUCUGUCAAUGCACAGUUUUUAGCUGCGUUUGCUGCAGCUUCUGGAAAGAGAUCAUUGCAACUUUAUGACUCAGAAGAGUCUGAUCCAGACUGGGGCUGCUGGACUUGUAGUCAAGAACUGAGAAACCCAUCCAUUAGAAUCCUGUAUCCUACUAUUGAUAGAGUGAAGAAUGCAUGUAAUGGAAUCCAUCCUUCAAGACAAAUUCUUUGCUUCUCAGAGAAAACAUGGCAAAAGUUGAGAACUGUGGACAUAUUUCAUGAUGCAAUUCCCUAUCCCCAUCAUAGAGUGGGGCAUCCAAUGCAUGUAAAGGUGGCACGAAGGCGCUUCUGGUCCAAGACAGAGGCAUCCUCUGUUGGUUGGGUUUACUGUGGAUCUCACAAUUUCAGCGCAGCAGCCUGGGGACGGCCAAUUUCCAGUUCAACUGGCAUAAGAACUGGAGCCAACUCUCCUUUGGUGACGAGACUUCAUGUCAGUAACUAUGAACUAGGGAUCAUUUUCGUGUUUCCUCCAGCAGAAAACAAAGGCAUUAGAAAUGACAAUAGCACAAACUUGGAUGAUAUUGUCUUGCCAUUUGUCGUGCCUGCUCCAAAAUAUGGGCCUGAAGAUAGGCCAGCGACACCACAGAGUAUGAGGGAAGUGUUACGUGAACUUUCUGAAAGAGAUAGAGAUAGCUUAAUGGAAGUAGAAACUACAGAAGAAAUGAUGGCAGAGAUACCGUGUGAAGAUGAAGUCAUAGAGGCAACUAAUUUUGUUGCAGAGGAGAAAGAGGAAGAUAAAAGUUAUGCCGAGUUACUGUGGAUCCAGGUUGACUCAUCUCAGAGUUGCUGAAUUCCCAUCACUGGCAGAAGUGUUGCAUUCCCCGGUGCAAUGCAACUGCAUAGAUGUAAAUCAAUACAUACCCUCGAGGGCUCGUAUCCUCCAUUCAUAUAACUUAGCUGUGUGGGGUUAUGACCACACAUGAGAUUAUUAGGGCCACACAAACUUU